AUGGACUGGCACGAUUCUGACCCUUCUGAAGAUGGUGAUGCUCCUGAAUCCCUUUCAGCGUCUAGAAAGCGUAGUAGCAGAGCAUGCGACCAAUGCAGGAAAACCAAAAGUAAAUGCGAAAGAGUUGCUGGAGAGGGAGUUCCUUGUAAAAGUUGUGUUUUGGCUGGGACCAGUGAUGCUUACCGAUAUUCAGGCCCAAGCUACAAGAGAGGACCUCCAAAAGGUUAUAUUCAUGCAAUUGAACAAAGAUGGCACCAGGUCGAAUCACUCCUAGGCGUAAUCCUACAAUGCACAGAUCCUCGCGUACAGGGCCUCGUCGCCGAUCUUCGUCAAGAUGAACUCGCAUGCGAAAUUCUGAAUAGAGUCGAUAUGGGACCAUAUGGGCCCUCAGGGAAACGUUUCCAACCGCAAGGCGCAACUAAAGAGGACUUCUUUGCCUCCGUUUUACGGAGUAACGGAGGCGCUGCUCCAGGUCGUGACCACUCGCGAUCGAGAAGACAAUCGCGCGUAUCGAGGGAAAAGGUUUCGCUCACACAAGACCGGGGGUUGUCCGUUGUCCCGACCCAAGAAUGGCAGGAUAAUCUUGCCGUUCGCCUCUGCUCCUCGGGAUCUUCCUCUUCAACGUACAGUGUCACUUCUGCGUCCUCACCAGAUGGACCUGCCGCUCAGAGGCGUCGACUCGAUUCAACUCCGACUGAUUCUCAAGGACAUCCUGAUUGGAACGAUAUGUAUACCCUCGAAGCUUUAUCAGAUAACGAAGAAAGUGAUGGAAUAACUGAGGGGAUGGGAGAGCUAUCAGUCACAGAAAACCAAGAGAUUCGAUAUCAUGGCAAAGCCAGUGGAUUGCAGUUCCUCAGCAAAAAUAAUCGAACAGAUGACCGAGUGGAAGGCGGUUUAUGGUAUUAUACAACCUUUCUAUCGCCUCGUGCGCUUGCUAAUUGGGAUAGGAAAAUGCCUAUGGCUCGUGUGUGGCCACCCUCCAAGGAUUUUGCCGCCCUUACUGUGCAAGAAGAUGACAUCGUAGUCGAACUCCCUCCGAUACAUAUUCAAGACCACCUAAUUGACCUGUAUUUCACGUACAUACAUCCCGUGUUCCCAGUCAUCCACAAAAAUCGGUUUCUAUCAGAAUAUAAAGCAAGGUACGGGCCUAGACGGACGCGAGAAAACAGUCCCUCCUCGGUGUCAUCACCUAAGCCCGAAACCGCGCAAAAAGUUACAAACUUGCUUUUACUAUCCAUAUUUUCCAUUGCUGCACGAUUCUGCGACGAUGAAGCACCCAAAUCUCCUACUGGUCAAAUGUGGGAAGCAGGUUGUGACUACCUAGAAAGAGCCAGAACUAUUUUGACGAAAAUAUUUGAUCGGUCUAGACCCUCAACAGUGCAAUCGCUAUUACUUCUUGGUUAUCGCGAGUUUGGCAUUGGAGGCAUGGAACAGGGAUGGAUAUAUAUUGGGAUGGCUAUUCGGAUGGCCGUUGAUCUGGGUUUGCAUCGGAAUUCCGACAGUUGGAAACAUCACGGCCACAACUUGUUUUCCGUAGAUGAAAGGCAGUCGAGAAAACUGAUUUGGUGGGCUUGCUGUUUGGCUGACAGGUAUGGGUCCGUGUAUAUGGGACGGCCAAUUAUCAUCAGAGAUGAAGAUUUCGACGUUCCUCUACCGGAAAUUGAGGAGGACGAUCAAGAGCUUUGGCAGCCGUUGGCUUCUGAUACGAUGGAGAUCCCUUUCUCUCCUACCCCAUGUCAUACUAUUGCAUGUCAGCGUGUCACGGGAGAUCUCAGUAAGCCCAUCUCAUAUUUUCAUCUGUUCUUGAAAGUCACCAUUCUGGGUAGAAUUAUACAAAAAUUGUACCCCAUAACGGUCAUCGAUACCAUCCCACGACGGACGUUGCUGCAAACAUUCGAAUCAGAGCUUGAUCAGUGGUAUCUAGCUUUGCCAGAUUAUCUUCGUUACGAUGUGGCUAGCAAACGCAAUAUUCCACCCCCUCAUGUUAUCUUUCUACACAUCCGGUAUUGGGGUGCUGUCUUAUUACUCAAUCGCGCAUUAAUCGAUUUUUCUUCGCGGAGAUCCACGUUAGGGUUGAAGGCGUUUGAUCUUGCCCAAGGGGCUGCCACCCAUCUCAGCGCCAUCGUGACCGCCUGGCGAGAAAAAUUCACAUUAAGAAGGACGUCUCCCUUUUUGACAUCUUAUAUGCUCAGCACUGGGAUCAUGCACCUGUUGACAUUGACACUUCGGCCAAGAAACAUUCAAGCAUCGAAGGGACUACGGCAGUGCUUAGAAGCAUUGCAAGAGAUGGAGGUCCUUUGGCCUAGCGCCGCACGCGCAAAAGAUUUACUCAGCGGGGCUGUUGGAAGUGUCAAGCUUGGGAUCGAUAUUUGUGAAACCGUAGGCCGAGCAAAACGAGACGUCGACGAUGCUUUCGGCCAAGAAAAUAACGGUGAUCAUGCUCAUCGUGAAGCAUUCCGCUUAACUAACGAAGGGGGACAACAAGUACGGCCUCUGGCACAAAAAGUGCGCCCUCCAGAAGAAACAGGCGUCCAGGAUCUCAGCCAACGUUUAAUGGCCCAAAUGCUGGGCCUUGUUCCUGGAGUAGAACCAUCCACGUCUUUCUUUCCAGGGUAUGAAUUCUGGCCAGCACCCACCUCUGGACAAGGUCAAGUCGCGGAGCAGAUAUCAACGCCCACGUCGCAAAUCGCUCGACAAAACUUAUCUUAUCCUCAAGUCUCGUCUAACAUAAACACUCAAGCCAGAUCCAAUAGUAAUCUGAAUACUUACGGUGGUCCUGCUGUUGGGUGGAUGCCAGACGGUAACAUGAUGAAUGUUUCGAACGCGGUACCGGAGUAUAACUAUCCUUAUAAUUACAGUCAGUAUGGUCCUUGA